AUGUUCAUGCAUUUGGAGGCCUUCUAUUACAUUUUAAUUUUGAUGGCUCACAUGAGAUCCUGCUGCAGUUGGUCAGUGAAUAAUUUUUUGAUGACUGGACCCAAGGCCUAUCUAAUCUACUCCAGCAGUGUUGCGGCAGGGGCCCAGAGUGGCAUUGAGGAGUGCAAGUACCAGUUUGCCUGGGAUCGCUGGAACUGCCCAGAGAGGGCAUUGCAGUUAUCCACCCACAGCAGUCUGCGCAGCGCAAACCGUGAGACAGCUUUUGUCCAUGCUAUUAGUUCAGCUGGAGUCAUGUAUACCCUCACCAGGAACUGUAGUCUUGGGGACUUUGACAAUUGUGGCUGUGACGAUACCAGAAAUGGACAGCGAGGAGGCCAUGGCUGGCUAUGGGGAGGUUGCAGUGAUAAUUUGGGCUUCGGUGAGGCAAUCUCCAAACAGUUUGUUGACGCACUAGAGACUGGCCAGGAUGCACGGGCAGCCAUGAACUUGCACAACAACGAGGCUGGGCGCAAGGCUGUGAAAGGGACCAUGCAGCGUACGUGUAAAUGUCACGGUGUCUCAGGGAGCUGCACCACUCAGACCUGCUGGCUGCAGCUGCCAGAGUUCAGGGAGGUGGGCAACUACCUGAAGGAGAAGUACCACCGGGCCUUCAAGGUGGACCUCCUCAGGGGGGCCGGGAACAGCGCAGCCAGCCGGGGGGCCAUUGCUGAGACCUUCAGCUCCAUUUCCCGCAAGGAGCUGGUCCACCUGGAGGACUCUCCUGACUACUGCCUGGAGAACCGCACCCUGGGCCUGCCAGGCACAGAGGGGCGUGAGUGUCUGAAGAAGGGCAAGAGCCUGAGCAAGUGGGAGAAGCGCAGCUGCAAGAGGCUGUGUGGGGAGUGUGGUCUGGCCGUAGAGGAGCGCAAAGCAGAGAUGGUUUCGAGCUGUAACUGUAAGUUCCACUGGUGUUGCGCGGUGAAGUGUGAGCAGUGCCGGAAGACAGUGACCAAAUAUUUCUGCGUGAAGAAGGGGGGCCAAAGGGGCAAGAAUGAGAGCGCCGGCAGUCGCAGGAAGAACCUUCGGCUGAGAAAGAAGCACUGA